UUCAAGGAAGAAGUGAGUUGAAAGUUUGCGGACGGUGUGGGCUGUGAGAAAUGGAUGAAGAAGGGGCGAAGCAAGAGAGGAGUUUAACCGGCUCGGUUACGCCGUUUUCGAUCAACGAUAUUUUGAGCAGGAAAUGCAAGGACGAGAUGCAGGAGAAGGCGUUGGAUAUGUCGAAGGCUAGCAAGGAGGCGGCAGAACCCCUGUCCGGAAUCUCGACUCUCAGCCCGGACUUCCCCCCUCCCAGCCAAUCAGACGAGUCCGGUCGCGAUCCCAACCAACCGGGCCGCAAGAAGCGCUCUCGCGCUGCCUUCACGCAUGCGCAGGUCUUCGAGCUGGAACGUCGAUUCAGUCAACAGCGAUACCUCAGCGGUCCUGAAAGAGCCGACUUGGCCCAGGCCCUCAAGCUCACCGAGACCCAGGUGAAGAUCUGGUACCAGAACCGGCGCUACAAGACGAAACGGAAACAGCUCCAGAUGCAGGAGUCGUCGAUGUUGAGCCAGAACGCGCGCAAAGUGGCCGUCAAGGUCCUGGUGAAGGACGACGUGCCGCUGUUCCUCCAGCAAAAGGCGCCCGUGUACCAGAAGGGCUUCUACGGGGAGCCCAAGACGGACUUCUUCAUCUACGACCAGCUGAGCAAAGCGAAGUAUCCGAAGAGUCUGCACGAGAGUAUGUUGAGUUUGUGCCAGCAGUACUCGAACUCGAUGCAGUUGUUCCCGUAUUUUAAUUACUACCACCCGGCGAUUGUGGGGGGGAUGGGGCAACAGGAGGAGGAGGGGGAGGGGCGGGAGCAGAAUUAA